UCACAUGACCUUAUAACGAUCGUCAAAAUUAACCUCAUGUUGUAUAGCUUGACAUUGCACUCCGGGCAACGUUAGUACCAUAACAAUGUGGCUGUUGUCACUCACCUACGGACUGGUAUGUGUAUCCCUUGUUUGGGGAAGGCCCCUGGAGGCUGAUCAAGAUACAUCUGUCCCUGAGGAGUGGAUUCUUGUUGGCAGAGCAGACCCUGCUGAAGAGGUGGAGCUGACGUUUGCCCUGAGGCAGCAGAAUGUGGAUCAGAUGAAAGUUCUGCUGAGCAGGUUAUCGGACCCUGACUCUGCAGUAUAUGGGAAGUUCUUGGAUUUGGCAGACGUGGCUCAACUGGUCCAGCCAGAUAGGCUCACUCAGAAGGUGGUGAGCAGCUGGCUGCUGAGGCACGGGGUGUGGGACUGUCGGACGGUCAUCACCCAGGACUUUCUGCAGUGUGCCAUGACUGUUGAAAUUGCAGAGACUUUACUUCCGGGCAGCAGGUUCCAUCGUUACAGCAGAGAGGACCAAUUCCUGUUGAGAUCAGAGUUCCAGUACUCUGUCCAUGAGGAUGUGUCUGAGCACCUGGACUUUGUGGGCGGGCUUCACCGCUUCCCACCCAGAAAGCAGGAGGUGGGUAAAUCCUGGAGUAAGAAGAGGAGAGUAGCAGCGAGGUACCACCUCGGAGUGACCCCCGCUGUCAUUAGAGCUCGCUACAACCUGAGUGCCUCCGAUGUGGGCUCCGCAGCCAAUAACAGUCAGGCUUGUGCACAGUUUCUGGAGCAGUUCUACCACCCUGCGGACCUGGCGGAGUUCAUGAGCAUGUUUGGGGCAGGGUUCCAACACCACUCCGCAGUGGACCGUGUUGUGGGGACCCAGGGGGUUGGCAAGGCUGGUCUGGAGGCCAGUCUGGACAUCGAGUACAUCAUGAGCACAGGGGCCAAUAUCUCUACGUGGCUCUUCACCAAUCCAGGCCGGCAUGAGUCCCAGGAGCCCUUCCUCCAGUGGAUGGUACUCCUCAGCAACCUGACCUCGAUUCCCUGGGUCCAUACCAUCAGCUACGGAGAUGAUGAGGACAGCCUGUCCAAUGCCUACAUGCAGCGCAUCAACAAUGAGUUCAUGAAGGCUGGACUUCGGGGCAUAUCUAUGCUUUUUGCAUCAGGUGACAGUGGAGCUGGAUGCAGGCACCUGACUAAGGCUGAGAAUUCUUUCAGGCCUAGUUUUCCUGCCUCAAGUCCCUAUGUGACCACUGUGGGAGGAACCUCAUUCAAGAACCCCUUCAAGGUCACCCAUGAGAUCGUAGACUACAUCAGUGGAGGCGGCUUCAGUAACGUGUUUGACAUGCCAGAAUACCAGGCCAGUGCUGUAAACUCCUAUUUGAAAAGCAUGAAGACUCUUCCUCCUACGACGUACUUUAACACCAGUGGACGAGCCUAUCCUGACAUUGCUGCUCUCUCAGACAACUACUGGAUCGUCUCCAACCGAGUGCCCAUUCCAUGGGUGUCUGGAACUUCGGCCUCUACGCCAGUUGUUGGGGGAAUGCUGUCACUUAUUAAUGAUCAGCGCUUCUUGAAAGGCCUUGCCCCUCUCGGCUUCCUCAACCCACGCUUGUACAAGCUGCAGGGAAGCGGCCUUUUUGAUGUGACUGAGGGAUGCCACAUGAGCUGCUGGGACGAGAAGGUGAGUGGGCAGGGCUUCUGUGCUGCUCCGUCGUGGGACCCCGUCACAGGCUGGGGAACCCCCAACUACCCUGCCCUGCUGGCUUUACUGCUGGAUUAACUGAACCCACCUACCCCCCCACCCCGAGAGCUCCAUCUAACCCCCCACUGUGCCCCCUGCCAACUGCUUCAUCGUUGGACCAGUCCACUGAUGGAUGAAGUCUGACUCGCUGCCUGAAACACCAUCUCCAGUUCCCCUCUGAACGAAAAGCACUGACUCAAAUAUUAUCUGUGGUUUUACCAGCUCUGUGGAUACACGGCUACAGCAAUAGCAACAUACUGCAUAAACUAGGUAUCAAAGAAAUCCAUUCAGAACAUUAUCUCAGGUUCCAAAAUGAUCAAUUCUAUGAAUUAAAUUGCGGUCUUGCACUAAUUAGUAUCCAGUAAUAUGAAUUUCAUCCAGGUUUUGAGAAGGACUAGCGUAUGCAUGCACCUUCACACAGGUUUGUGAAGUUUUCUUUUCUUUUUUUUUAAACUAAGACUACUGAUGUCUCCUACCCCAAAAAUGUCUUCAAUGCGUGCAAUCAUGUUCAUCACUAUCAUUCUUUGGCAUUUUAUAUUUAAGGUCAAAUGACCAGAAUAUCAUCUCAAGAGAGCAGGUUCAAAUGCAUUGUAUUGUGUUCAUAAAAUAAUACUGUUAAAUCACCAGCAACUUAUGUUCUUGGUCUUUGAAGGGAUGUGAUAUCUCAAGUGUUCUUGGUUGUCAGAUUUUUCUGCUGCAUAAUGAUGAAAGGCAAUGAUUUUAUCUUGAAA